CAAAAUAGUUCAAGAAUGUAAAAUAACAUACCCCACGAAUCCAAUGUAAAAGAGCAUUUCUUUCGGCAGGCUACUUCAUGGGGAAACAUACGCUAUUUAAUUGACAUUUUACGUCGUCCAUUCUGAAUUUGGACCAGAUAUAAUAUAUUCAAUGAUGAAUUUGUUUUGGAAAGGUAGAUUUCUCGUCGAAAUUUACUUCGUAGUUUUAACUCUGUCAUUAUCUUUCGUCUUUGGUUUAUCGUCGAUACCGUUUGAUGUUAAGCCUGAAGAACUGGCAACUCUCGUUGGAAAAGCCUUCUCUUUUAAGCUGCCUAUCGAGAUGACGGAACAUAUAGGCUAUACACUCAAGUUUAAAACACCUGUUUCUGAUGAGUUACCGUCCUGGUUGUCAUUUGAUGAAAAACGAAAUUUUUUACUCGGCGUGCCGUCAAUCCACGAAAAGGGUUCACACAUUGUUCGACUAGAUAUCAUUGAAGAUGCGACAAACAGAACUGUAGACACUGUUAAUUAUAUGACAAUCGAAGUUGUCGAGUUUGAAGAAGAUAUAAAUCAUUUCAAAUUGAUAAGGUCAAAUGACAUUGCCGAACCCGACAAGAAUAUCUCAAAGACAAACUUGGAUUGCCCAAAUCAUUCUCAUAUUAUUGUUGCCACUCUUGUGUUUGAUUUAAGCUCCCGAGAUUUAUCCGGUGCCCAACGUACAGCUCUUCUAUUGGAUGUUUCCAAAUGGUUGGAUAAUGAUAUUGAUGAAUUACGCUGGAUGCCUGGCAAAGGGGAAAAAACUGCUUUCAAUCUCAAAGAUGCUGUCUUACUAACGGCUGGGCCUGGCACAGAAAAAGAUCCUAAGAAAAGAGGAGUGUCAGUUUCUUGGAAGAUUGGAUGUGGUGAUAGUAUUACAGAAAGUGAAAAGAGUUUCUCUUCAGUAAAUCGUUUAAAAUCAUCAUCUCAAAAUGGUGCUUUUGCCGUCGAAUUACAAUCACCAGUAGUGGCAUGGCACGUGACCUAUGGCAGAGUUCAUCAUCGUCAUGUAGUUCGGGUUCGACGUCAAGUUCGUGCACAAACACCUGUUCCGACUUCGACGUUUAUUGCUCCUACUUCAGCCAUUGUUACUCAGAUAAUUGAAACACCUACAAUGACUAAAUCACCUUCACGCAGCUCUGUUGCUCCUACUAGUGUUAGAAUUAUACCCACUCAAACGAGAUCUCCUGUUAUCCCUACUGCCAUCCCUACUUUUAUCCCUACUUCUAUCAAAUCAACCAGUCGUCCAUCCCUUAAUAAACCUAUAGAUGUCCUUACCGCCGUAGUGGGCGAACCUUUCUACUUUAACAUUCCUGCUGAUACAUUUAGCGAUUUAGAAGACGGCCAGCUGCCAAAUCUUCUUUUAAGUAUAUAUGAUCCCGCUGGAAAUCCUCUACCCGACGAUUUAUGGGUGAAGCUUUUACCUAAAACGAACGAUCUUGUAGGCACACCAACUGUACCGGGCACAACAAAGAUUGCGCUGAUUGUUACGGAUAGUGACAAUCAGAAGUCAGACCUAUAUGAUGUUAUCAUACAAGUGCUACCUAGAAAUAAUCCACCGCAUCUUUACAAUCCUAUUGAUGUUAUUCCUCUGUAUAUUGGUCAGCCAAUUGCAUACAAAGUACCAAAUGAUACAUUUCACGAUAAAGAGGAUGGUGCAACAGAAAAUCUUUCAUUAACGAUGACAACAAGGGAGGGAGAACUCAUAGACAAAUUUCCAUGGGUGGAAUUUAAUAUGAAGAGCCAAAUAAUUUAUGCCUUACCAAUGGGGGAGAUCAUUGGCAAGCACGAAUUUUUAUUGAUUGCACACGACAGAAAUGGCUCGAGAGCAUUUGAAGCUUUCGAAUUUCAUGUGUAUCCUUUGCCGAUAAAACCCAACCAUUAUUUCUACCUCCAACUUGAUGCUGAUAAAAAGCAGUACGAUGAUUGGGUUUCAAAACGGGUUGAGACAUUAGCAAAAGUUGGUAAAUAUUUUCAUAAGAAAAUGAACUACCCUUCUACCUACAGUGACAUUCGCUUACAGAAAGACGAAAAUAAAGAAAACGAAGAGACGGAUUUCUUGAUAAAAUGGUUUUUUGCUGACAUUGCCAAAAAUAUUUUGGCUGUACGUGAAUACAAAAGUAAAUACGAAGUUGAAGGCAAUGACAAGCAACCUUACACAGAAUUUAAGAACUUUUACGCUGAUGAAUGUCCAAUUGAGGGUCAGUGCAAUGUAGUGAAAGCAUGGGUGGAGAUAAAUGACCCAUUAUCGACAGAUGAUCCGGAUGUUUUGGGUAGAGUUGAUGACGAUGAUGAUGGCAUAUGGUGGGAAUAUACAAUUAUACCUGCAUUUAUUGUUGCUGCGUUGAUUUUCAUCAUAGGCUUGAUUAUCAUCAUAUGCAUAAGAUGUCGUCGAAUUAGCAAGGUAAAUAAGAACGAAAAGAUUAUAUUUGUUAAGCCCAAGAAACCCGCCAUUUUUAGAGAAGAAUAUCCAAUGAAAGAGAUGUAUGGUGAGCAACCCCUUGUUACUCCUAAUGACAAACCUCCCCUACCACCCCCAGCUUAUCCUCGUAGUUCCACACCAACAGACGACCCGAGUGAGCGAUUGUUAGGCGACAAUUUACAUAUUUACCAAGCGCCAUUUGAAAGUUCAUCUGAAGCAACUGGAGGUUCCCGUCCACCCAAUUCCAGUUAUCGCCUGCCCCCUCCGUAUGUUUCUCCUUAAACUCUCAUAAUGUGGUUUCAACGAAAUUUUAUAGAGUUUUAACGUUAAUGUUUGUUCGUUUUCAAUAUAGAGAUGUAAAUACUUCCUUUCUUCUUUAAACUUUAAUACUCGGGAAAGUCAACGUUGCAGUCGACUUUUCCUAGGGAAUUAACUAAUGCAUAAAUUAGCAUGUACAGUUUUUCGUACAUCAUAAUUUACUUGCGUCUAAAUUUCAGAAUUGAACAACAAUUCGAUGUUAUUUUCUGUUUUCUACGUAGAAGAGAGUACUAUUUACAACGCUUGUUCGAUAGGAUAUUUGUAAUUCUAUAACAAAGAUUCAUUCCAUUAAUUAUAUGUGUUGUUUGUAAGCGUAGGUUUGUUGUGAAAACAUUAGUUAUACGUAGUUUUUCUGUACUUAGAAAAAUCUGCUAAUUCUUCCAUAACUAUAUGCCACCGCAUUUUUUUCAACGCGGAUGCACUUUAUACAUGAACAUGUAUGAAUAAUCACUAUUGUCUAUUUAGUUGGCACUAUUAUUCAAUAUUAAAUGCUAAACAAUUUAUUUACUGCAA